GUGAAUGCCGUUGUUAAUUUCUUCUCGACUACGAUGAUCUAGAAAUUGCGAGCCAGCAUCGCAGUCAUUUUUUAUCUAUCUUGGCUCAACCAUUCCAAUACUGGAGCCAUAUGCCCAAUAUGUUGCUGUCUAUACGCUCGGAAUGAGGACCGUCUUUCUCACAUGCGUGUUUCUUGUCGGUUGUUAUUGGUGCUGUCUUCGACUGGUGGCACCGAAGCAGGCUGGAAGCAGUAUUUCCGAGUGGGGUUCGAAAGUGCAAGCACACUCGUGCGAAGUCUCGAGUUCAAGCAACGGAAAACUAGGCAGGGCGGGGAGAACAUAGUACCCAUCUUGGGCGUAAUUAACACUUUCAAUGGCUUGCGUUUUUGCUUCGGCCCACCGAUACUACCCGAGUUCGGCGUGUACCAGCCCGUGAUAGGUGUUAUUGGCCUCAUCGGUGCCGCCAGUUCAAUCCAUAUUGCCUACGUAGGAAGGGUGCCAAUAAAGAAGGGGACCAGAGACGCGAAUAUGACAGUGGGCAAUAGUGACAGUGAGCCUGAAUCGAAUGAAGUUACUCCAUCAGGUACACAUAAAGAUGACGACACCACGACUCAGUGAAGUUGUUGUUAUACGGGAAGCAGUGGAAAGAGCGGCAUGGUGGUAAGGCAGCCGUCCAAUGAAUCAUUGCCUAGCGUUGAAUAUUUCGACAGAAAUACCUUGAUACGUACACA